AUGGAUAAUAUCAGUACUUCUAGUAGUCAACCACCCAAUUCUUCAAUUGUGGAACCUACAGUGGUGGAAGCCCAAACUGUUGAGGCUAAUAAUCAACAGAAUGAGCAACCUCCUGCUGCAGUUUCUGGGAAGAAGAGGAAAGAGGUUGAUUCCAGAUCCAGAGUAUGGGAUCAUUUUGUGAGAAUAAAAGACAGUAACAAUAUUACUAUACAAGCAAAGUGUGUUUAUUGUGCAAAAGUGUACAAGUGUGAGUCCAAGAAACAUGGUACAUCUUCCUUAAUAGCCCAUAUGCUAAGCUGUUUGAAAAACCCUCACUCCAAGGAUACUAGGCAGUCCCUUUUAACCUUUCAAGCAGUUAAUACCUCUAAGUCAUCUGAAACUACUAUGGGAGAAAUUGGGUGCUGGGUAUUUAACCAAGACUUAAUUAGGAGGACCUUGGUUAAAAUGAUAAUCAUAGAUGAACUGCCUUUUAGAUUUGUUGAGGGUUUAGGUUUCAGGAUGUUCAUUGUUGUUGCUUGCCCUAGGUUUAUAGGUUUCAGGAUGUUCAUUGUUGUUGCUUGCCCUAGGUUUAUAGGUUUCAGGAUGUUCAUUGUUGUUGCUUGCCCUAGGUUUAUAGUUCCAUCUAGAUGGACUAUAAGUAGUUGCCCUAGGUUUAUAGUUCCAUCUAGAUGGACUAUAAGUAGAGACAUCCUAGUGGUCUAUGAAGAGGAGAGACUGAAAUUGAAGGCCUUUUUAAGGGAAACCACCUUUGUCCCUGUUACCUCUCACAAAGGGGAGUAUCUUGCAAAAGCCCUAGAAACAUGUUUGCUGGAGUGGGGGCUUAGGAAUGUUUUUAGUGUUACUGUGGAUAAUGCCUCGUCUAAUGACACUGCUAUGGGGUUUCUUAAGAAAAAAAUAGUGUCUUGGGGUACAUCAACUGUGAAGGCUAAGUAUAUUCACAUGAGAUGCAUUGCCCAUAUCCUUAACUUGGUUGUUCAAGAUGGCUUGAAGGAGUGUGAUAGUUCUGUGAAAAAAGUUAGGGAGGUUGUUAGAUAUGUUAGGAAUUCACCUGCCAGGCUAAAGAAGUUCAGGGACUUGGCUGAUUUGUUAGGAAUUGAGCAAAGGUCUUCUUUGUGUCUAGCUGUUCCAACCAGAUGGAACUCUACAUAUUUGAUGUUACAAUCUGCUUUGACUUAUCAGAAAGUCUUUGAAUCUUGUGAAGAGUCUGAUAGUUCUUUCAAAUCUGACUUGGGUGAUUCUGUGCCUAAUUUUAUGGACUGGGAGUCUGUGAGCAGUUUGGUGGAGUUGUUGAAAUGUUUUUAUGAUAUGACAAUCAGAAUUUCUGGAUCUUUAUAUGUGACAGCUAACACAUUUUUCAGUGAGAUUUCUGAUUUGUAUUGUAUUUUAAAUGGAAUGGUGGAAGCUGGUGGGGCAGUGAGCUUAAUGGGAAGAAAUAUGAAAGCAAAAUUUGAGAAGUAUUGGGGUGAUAUAGACAAGAUGAAUCUUAUGAUUUUCUUUGCUAACAUUCUAGACCCCAGGGAUAAAUUAGAGUAUAUGCCUACUCAAAUUAAUCAUAUGUAUGGUGAGGAGAAAGGUAAACCAUACUAUGAUAAAGUGCUUGCUGGUUUGAAUGAGUUAUUUGAUGAUUAUUCUGUUCCUGCCACUUCUUCUGUUUCUGCUUCUUCUGUGUCUGCUGCUGUUGGUAGUGCUUCUUCUGUGAGUUCUGUCAGUUCUGUGUCUGUUGGAAGGCCACAGCAUUUACUCAAGUCCCAAAUUAAAAAACAAAGAUUGGAAUAUGGGAGUAAGAAAAAAACUGAACUGGAUAUCUACUUGAGUGAGGCAAUAGUUGAGGAGGAAAACUCCUUUGAUAUUCUGAGAUGGUGGAAGAUAAAUACUGAGAGGUUUCACAUCCUUUCUAAGCUUGCUAGGGAUGUCCUAACUAUUCCAAUCUCAACUCUUGCCUCUGAGUCUGCCUUCAGUACAUUUGGGAGAGUAUUGGAUCCUUUUAGGAGUUCAUUAACUCCAAAAAUUGUGGAAGCUUUGGUGUGUACCCAGGAUUGGCUUAGACUGCCCAAUACUCCUCUAUGUAUUGAGGAAAAUCUUGAAGAACUGGAGAGGUUUGAAAAAGAGUUAGUUGAUGCUGGAAGUGGAAGGAGUUUUGAUCCUACACUGGCUACAAUUCCUUUUAUGUGGCAAAUGGCAAUGAUGAAGCUUCCACCUAUAAUCUGA